UUUCCUGGAUUCUCUUCAUCUCACAUAUCCACCUUUCGCUGCCUAUCUAAAGAAAGAAAGAGCAGCAGAGAAGGUACAUCCACUGAUCGCAAUGUUCCUUAGACGCAAGUUUGAAGAGGAGGAUCCUUUUGCUGAACCUGUUUUGGAAGGUGACAACUGGGACUCCGAGGAAGAGGACGAGCUCGAUGAAUACGCAGAGGAAACAGAGAUCACAAUUCCCGGGAGCCCGGACCAGCAUAUCAUCGUCCGGAUUCGUCGAUACCAGGAAGAUGAAUUCCGCUGGCUAGACAAUAUAGAAGCCAAGUGCACCUGGGAAGACGAGGAGAUUGGAUACACUACUUGUCGAUAUAUCCGACGCGAUGCGAUCAAAGCCAGGUUCUGGGAGAAUAUGGAAGAGCCCAGCAAGGGCAUGUCGGAACUGGCAUUUGAUAUAUUUGACCGAUAUGGAAACCUAAAACAGGAAUUCAAAGAUCACACCGUUCGCAGUGGCCUCAAAGUCUGGAAGAAUGAAUUAGAUCAUGGUCGACACUUUUUCAUCGAGGAAAUGUUUGUGACAGACGAGUGGCGACGAAAGGGACUUGGACGAGCGAUGCUGAGUGCUCUUUUCCAAAAGGCGCAAGACCGGCUAGAGUCAGAAAAAACCAGCUUCAAGGAGAGGCACCCGCUAGACUUUAUGGAGAUGAAGCAAUCGGACAUGUUGCGCAGACCCCACGCGCUCGUCGUUCCUGGAUGGCUCCGGAACGACGUCGAGGGAAAACGGAUGGGAAAAUCUCCCCGCCAGCGACAAGAAAUCAACGACCAGGCAAUCGACGCAGCUGUAGGUUUCUACACGACUUGACCUUGGAAUGGCAACCAAACAUGUUUCCGAUGAUUUCAAGGGAUUCCCCCCUGCUGCCGUGGACUGCUUAGCUAAGCUCUCGUAUCUUGCGGGGGAUCAGAAUCUGCAGGAUAUUACCAAGCUACGUCUCAAAUAUGGGUGUACAUGCGGGGAAUGUGAUGGAUUUUUGUCGCCACGCAUGAAACUGGCACUUUUGUACCAGGCCGAGAUGAUAUUAGACAUAUUGUAUUUUGGAAUCAAGGAACCCCGCGCUUUGUUCGUGCAGUUUGGACAAAUUUUCAACCGCCUUCCUCAUGACGUGCGGAAAGACCUCCGAACAGACCAGGCUCUCCGUCAAGGAAUGCUUAACACACUCUCCCAGAUUAUCAAAUGCUUGAAAUU